UCCGCGGCGCUGCGCCCGCCGGCCCCGAACGCGGAUUUUAAGGGCGGCGGCCGCCCCCCGGCCCCACCCGGCGCAGUCGGGGGUGCCAGGAGGGGACGGAGCGCCCCCUCCCACCGGAGUGCGGGGGCCGCCCCCGUCCGGAGAUCGGCCCCGGAGCGUGGGGUAUGCGCAGCUAAAGGUCCCGUCGGGCGGGCUUUCCUCUGGCGGAGCGCGCAGGCGGUGCGCCCCACCUAUGGAGUGUCCAGGGAGACGGCGGGCAUGACGGCGGCAGGAUGGGCGCGAACAAUGGCAAACAGUACGGCAGUGAGGGCAAAGGCAGCUCAAGCAUCUCAUCCGACGUGAGUUCAAGUACAGAUCACACGCCGACCCAAGCCCAGAAGAAUGUGGCUACCAGUGAAGACUCCGACCUGAGCAUGCGCACACUGAGCACGCCCAGCCCAGCCCUGAUAUGUCCACCCAACCUGCCGGGAUUUCAGAAUGGAAGGGGCUCGUCCACCUCCUCGUCCUCCGUCACCGGGGAGACGGUGGCCAUGGUCCACUCCCCGCCCCCGACCCGUCUCACCCACCCGCUCAUCCGGCUCGCCUCCCGGCCCCCGAAGGAGCAGGCCAGCAUCGAACGGCUCCCGGACCACGCCAUGGUGCAGAUCUUCUCCUUCCUGCCCACCAACCAGCUGUGCCGCUGCGCCCGCGUGUGCCGCCGCUGGUACAACCUGGCCUGGGACCCGCGCCUCUGGAGGACUAUCCGCCUGACGGGCGAGACCGUCAACGUGGACCGCGCCCUCAAGGUGCUGACCCGCAGGCUCUGUCAGGACACACCCAACGUCUGUCUCAUGCUGGAAACCGUAAGUGUCAGUGGCUGCAGGCGGCUCACGGACCGAGGUCUUUACACCAUUGCCCAGCGCUGCCCGGAGCUCCGGCGGCUGGAAGUCUCGGGCUGCUACAAUAUCUCCAACGAGGCAGUCUUCGAUGUGGUGUCUCUCUGUCCCAAUCUGGAGCAUCUGGAUGUGUCAGGGUGCUCCAAAGUGACCUGCAUCAGCUUGACCCGGGAGGCCUCCAUUAAACUGUCCCCCUUGCAUGGCAAACAGAUCUCCAUCCGCUACCUGGACAUGACGGACUGCUUCGUGCUGGAGGACGAAGGCCUGCACACCAUCGCGGCGCACUGCACGCAGCUGACCCACCUGUACCUGCGCCGCUGCGUCCGCCUCACGGACGAGGGCCUCCGCUACCUGAUGAUCUACUGCGCUUCCAUCAAGGAGCUGAGCGUGAGCGACUGCCGCUUCGUCAGCGACUUCGGCCUGCGAGAGAUCGCCAAGCUGGAGUCCCGCCUGCGGUACCUCAGCAUCGCCCACUGCGGCCGCGUCACCGACGUGGGCAUCCGCUACGUGGCCAAGUACUGCGGCAAGCUGCGCUACCUCAAUGCGAGGGGCUGCGAGGGCAUCACGGACCACGGCGUGGAGUACCUCGCCAAGAACUGCGCGAAACUCAAGUCUCUGGACAUCGGCAAAUGCCCUCUGGUCUCCGACACGGGCCUGGAGUGCCUGGCCCUGAACUGCUUCAAUCUCAAGCGGCUCAGCCUCAAGUCCUGCGAGAGCAUCACGGGCCAGGGCUUGCAGAUCGUGGCGGCCAACUGCUUCGACCUGCAGAUGCUGAACGUGCAGGAUUGCGAGGUGUCCGUGGAGGCCCUGCGCUUCGUGAAACGCCACUGCAAGCGCUGCGUCAUCGAGCACACCAACCCUGCCUUCUUCUGAAGGGACAGCUUCCAGCCGUCGCUGUCUUCAUACAGACAUGAACGAAACAAAAUGUUUUUUCAAAGCAGCGUAUGAAAGCGCCGACACCCACUCGUAACAGCUCUUUCUUCCAGGAAUGUUCUUAGGAAUCUGGCUUUUCUUUUUCCUUAUUUCUCGUGGGCAACAGAGGUCCAGGAAAGGAGGCUGGGGGGCACAUUUCUAUCGCAGCCAAUGGUUUCUUGGGGGGUCAGGUCAUUUGUAGGCAGUUUCUCGUCUCAGAAGGCUGUACCUCAGAAAGCGGAUUGCAGUGUGUUGAGGAACGCGCCUUUUUCUCUCUGUCUCCUUCCUCCUGGCCACAGCCCCGAGGUCUACACCCUGGUCCCUCCUACCCCACUGCUCCCUCUCCUACACUGACAGCAAAUUAUCAGAAUAAUAAUGCUCUCCAGACCGCCUCCUCUUUCAACUUCUUGAUUGGCCUAAAGCACAUUUUUCAGCCCCACACCCAAGCAAAUUCUUGUUAGAUAAACGUCACAGCACCUGGUAUAUAUGAAGCGCUUCUAAACCUUUUUAAAGAAUCAUUGGUGGCAGGCAGCACGGUGGAGGAAGAGACCUGCGUUGUUCCCCCACCUCCCAGCUCUGCCACUUAUGAGCUGUGUGACCUUGGGCAAGGCACUUGACCUCUCUGGGCUUCGGCUUCCAGCACCGAAUGAGAGGCCAUUCUCUGAUCUGAUCGAGGAUUAGCUUCAUGCCCAUUUUAGAGCUGAGGGAAUAGAGACAGCAGUAAA